AUACUUUAAUCAGGAAUGGUGUUGGUAGUUACAGAGUAUCUCAUUAAUAUGGCAGCUUUAAUGAAGAAAAGGGUUUUAGCAGAGUUUACACAAAGCCAGGUUGUAAAUGAACCUCCGUUGAAGAGGCUAAGAACAUUACGCCUUACAUCUACAACAGGCAGUAAAAAUGGAACAGAAGGCAGUUCAGCUUUAGCUUACAUAGAGUGUCUUGAAAAAUGCAAAUGCGGCAACGAUGCUUUGCAGCUGCUAGUUCGUAUAUCCGAUACCAUAGCAUACAUCUCUCCAGAGGAUGUUCCUUCGGUCGUAAAAAAGUUGUCAGAAAGAUUCACCAUAGAAACAGAAGCUGCAGUUCGUGCUAAACUACUUUGGAUAUUUGCUGAAUUGGGAGAGGUAACGAAUGACGCGGCCGAAAAGACACGAAUAGUUAAUGAAACUGCUGAACUUUUAAGGAACGAAGAAUCGCAUAGAGUAAAAAGCCAAGGUUUAGCAACGUUAUUGAAGUUAGGGGAAUAUCAUAGGACUCUCGUGUUGAAGAUUGCUCGCGAACAUUUGCCAGAUACCUGGCAUGGUGUACAAACACGUUGUCUUUCUAUUAUUGGCAGAUAUUUAACUGCAAACACUGCCGACGAUACAUUAGUAUUUGUCGGCAAUUAUGCGCGUUCUCAGGAUCCGAGAGUUCGUGCUCAAGCGUUUGAAACAAUGGCUGAACUUCAUUCUCACAGAGGAUGCAGGCUGCCCGCAAGUUUUUUCGGAGAAGCUUGUGCCGCGCUUCGAGACGAUUACGAGAUUGUACGCAGAGCAGUUCUGAAAUUAAUAUGGCUUUUGGGUAGGGAAUACCCAGAAAAUAUUAUUAUGGGAGCAGACGGAGAAGAUAUACGCAUGGUAGACUGUGCGUUUUCUCAAAUUUGCAGUCUCAUGGGUGAUCUAUCGCCAAGGGUCAGAGCGUCGGCAAUGUCUCUUCUAGGAACGAUGAAAGGUGUUUCUCAGCGAUACAUAGAACAGGCAUUGGAUAAAAAACAAAAGAUUGUAGAAGCAGAUAGACCGGAAGUGGAAGAGAAAAGUGGUUCUUGCGGCGCAUUUAUUCACGGUUUAGAAGAUGAAUUCCUCGAGGUACGAACAGCAGCAGUGGAAGCACUUUGCACCUUAUCCAUGGAACAACCAAAUAUAGCUAGAAUUGCUUUAGAUUUUAUGGUGGAUAUGUUUAACGAUGAGAUUCAAGACGUGCGUUUGAGAGCCAUCGAGUCGUUAAGGAAAAUGUCUGCGAGCGUCACGCUUCGCGAAGACCAAUUGGAAACGAUUCUAGGCGCGUUGGAGGACUUUUCCGGCGAAGUGCGGGAAGGUCUGCACGCUACGUUGGCUGCCAGUCGACUUGCUACGAGAAAUUGCCUUCACAUGUGCGUGAAUCGUCUUCUCGAUAACUUGAGUCGAUAUCCGCAAGACAGAGAGAGUAUCAGAAAUUGUUUAGCAGCACUAGGAGCCUCGCAUCCGUACUUGACAUUGCCUUUGGUGCCUCAACUUCUUGGACGACAUCCAUUUUUCGACACACCGGAGCCGGACGUCGAUGAACCGUCAUAUGCAAGCGUGCUUGUUCUGGUGUUCAAUGCUGCAUUGCAUUGUCCGAGCAUGCAUGCCCUGUUUACGGAACAUGCGUCUAAGCAUUAUCAUUAUUUACGCGACACGAUGCCGCAUUUGGUCCCCCGACUUCGACCGACUAUAACUAGCAGUCCAGAUUUUGGAAGGGAAAACAAAAUCGACGAAGAAGCCGAGCGCGGUAAAGAAUUUCUAGAAAAGGUGGUAACGGGCGUUGAAAACUCAAGACCCGGUGGCAGAGUUCACACUCAGCUGUUGGAAGCCUCGGCCGUGGAUCUCGAUCGUUUGGCAGAGAUGGAUCACCGUAUGGAGGGGGCAGCACGUUUCACUGCUCUUUACAUUCGAUGUUUGUUACUUCUAAGAUCCGUGCUGAAGGAAUUCUCGAUAUCGUCAACGAACGCGGUAUCGACCAGUCCAUUGGCGAGCACGACCAACAACGUUUCGGUUCUUCUUCAAAAUACUCAGAAAUUACAACGAUUGUUCAGCGGAUUGGGUGAAAAUGAAACGAUACUGGCCAAUGACGUAUGGUUGAAAGCACUGGCGGUAGAAUUGAUUCGAGUGACGAGAAGCGCAACAGGAAGAAGCGCCCUUCCGCUCGCUCGUCACUUCCUGUCCGAAGCGGACACUCUGCCCCAAGAUACGGCCAAGUUGCCAUCGUUUUCCAGAGCCCUCGUUCUUCAGAUACCGACUUUGGUCGAUGUAAAGCCCGGAUCUUUGACGCGUUUGCUAUUACCAUUGCUUUUAACGCCAGCAACGCAAGGGGAAGAACGACUGCCAAGGCCAUCGGUGUCCACUCGAUUCUGUAGAGCUGUUAUCGAAGAGCCAAGAGGCGACGCGGAUGCUGCGUUGAAGUUUACCGGAGGUCUUCUACUAGGGAUACCAUUAACCUCGAAAAUAUCAAAUUUACGAGAUCCAAAUAUAUUACGUAUCAAACUGAGGCAUCCUGAUCAACAAGUACAAUUACUGUUACCGCGAAAAUCAGACCUACGGCUGCAGAAUGUGGAGCAAAGUGAUUACAGACUGAGAACCACUGUUCUGCUAUCGCAUCAAGUUUGGAUGGAAGCUUGCAACGUAGAAAUAUCUCUCGCACUCCUUGUACCGUCUUCGUCCGUAUGUACACACUCCCCCCUCGACGAUCCGUGCGUUAUCGAUCUUUGUAAACCGACCAAAGUAUCGAUUGCUCCAAAACCCAUAAAGAGAGGUAUCUGAAUAUAUUUUUACACAACGACAUGUUUUAUAAAAUGGUUCUCUUGUAAAUAAUUCGAAAUACACUAGAUCACAUUGAUUUUUGUAUAGUACAGUUCUCAACGAUGUCUUAAAAUUAAGCAAUAAUGUUCACUCUCUUUGA